AUGGACAAGAAGGGAUAUUCCAAAAUCGCGUUAUUCAUGCAGGACCAUCCUGAAGAUGCCAUGGUGCGCCGUUUCGCUGCAUUGAAUUUGCAAAACAUCCUCUAUCUACAAGCUGAAGUCAUUAACCUCCAAAGAGAUCUGGACAAACUAGAAACUGAUAAUGACUCUUCGGUGGAAGAGGAUAGACGCAACUUCGCUUUGGACUGGUAUACUCUGGCCCAUGUGCACGAUACGCCUGGCUCCGACAAGCAGUGGAAAAAAUGGCUGCAGCUCCGCAAGGCAUUAGAAGAAUACAAUACUGCCAUAAUGCAGUACUGUCAAUUAUCCAAGUUACCUGCUUCUGAUCAACAUGAGCUGCAAAAGCUCCAGUCUUGGCUGAGCGAGACGAGACUGGGAAACGUCUAUCUGCUCGGCCGUGAUCACGAUGUGUGGUCUCAAGGCAAAGACCUUAUGACACUGGCAUUGUCUCCUCACGACAACCGCUUCUCCAGAUUUGUUGCUAACAAGGCUUUACCUCUAUAUCACCGCCUUGGGCAUAGCACCAUAAUGGAGAGGAUACGCGAUGCUUUCUUGAGGUCUCGUGGUUCAGCUUCAGCGACGUCUGUAGAUACUGGUAUCGCGACGUAUGACGAUGCCGGUCUCGUCUUAAUUUCCCAAUUCAUCUGCACUGUCAUUGCCUCUUUACUACCCAUUCUAUCAAUCAUCGUUCUCUACUUGGUGGAAAACAUGGGGCAUCGGCUAGCCUUAGUUGCUGUCUUCUGCGUAUUAUUUUCUAGCGCAUUGUGGUUCAUGAAUGAUGGCGAGCUGGUUGAGGUUUUUGGUGCUACCUCUGCCUUUGCUGCAGUCCAAGUCGUGUUCAUCAGCACCAGCUCCGCCUAA